AUGUAUUACUUUGAUGCCACUCGACUUCACUGUCAGCACUUCAAAGUACUCGAAUGUUUGGGCAUCAAUGACAACAGAUUCAAUUCGGCUGAAGAAUGUGCGGCAGAAUGUGAAAGAACAGCCUGCAAACCCGGAGAAUCUCUUCUAAUUGCAAAUGGUCAAGUUCAAUUAUGUGGUACAGAGCAAUGUCCUGCAAACUACAUUUGUCGUUAUGAUGCACUGUUCAGAAGACAUGUUUGCUGUGGAUAUUCUAAUAGUGGUGCCUGUGCCGCUGGUUAUCGAACUUAUAUGAGUGCGAGAGAGGCAACUCCAUUUAAAUGUAAUGUAAAUUAUGUAAAAGAUGAAUGUCCACCAGAUUAUCUGUGUACUUCUUCAACCGAAUCUAGUGACAAUUACUGCUGUUCUUUGGAAAAAGGAUACGAAUGUCUGAAUAGAAAUCCGAAUUCAAUAAUAGGAUUUUGUUGUAUGAAGAAGAAAGAAAAAUCCUCAAAAGGCACUCAUUCAAGCAAUAAAAAUCGGGUCAGAAACGGUACUAAAACCGGAAAAAUUGAACCUUAUAAAGUUGCUGUUUUUAAUAAACGAUUUACUACCACCACUGCUGUACCUGUCUUGUACAACACAAGGCAACUUCGCAUUGUUGAUAUACAAAAAGAAAUUGAUCGUCAAAAUCUGCUGAAAGACAAACAACUGAAGACGCUUUCACCAUAUACAGGUUUCCCGUCAAUGGAUGAUGAUUUCCGUUGUCCACUUACCCAUCGCCAAAUCUUCUACGAAGAUGGGUCACCAAUUGAAUGUCAUCUAUUUAAAAAAUGUCCAGAUCAAACACUAAGUCGUUUACCUGAUGUCUAA